AUGGAAGGAAACACGGCUUAUUUAAUAGCAAAGGAGGAAUUGCCCUUCAGCAAGUUUGAGUCCAUUAUUGCACUUCAAAGAAAAAAUGGCCUAGAAAUUAGCCCGACGUACGGAAACAACAAAGGAUGCAACAAUUUUGUUUCUCUUGUUAGCUCGGUUAUAACGGAACAGUUAGCCAGUGAAAUUAAUGGGAAGAGGUAUGUGAGCAUCAUGAUUGACGGUGCAACAGAUGCGAGUGGAAAAGAAAACAAGACCAUCCACCGCAGAUUUGUCAAGGAUGGGGUGCCUACAAAUCGACUUGUAGGACAUAAGGAAGUGGCCCAUGCACAUGCACAAGGUAUCCUAGACACUGUGAAUGGUGCAUUUCAAGUGAGCGGCAUUCAUCAAUGGAAAGAGAAACUGGUGGGAAUGGGGGCAGAUGGUGCUUCUGUUAACCUCGGAAAAAAAGGAGGUGUUGUAGCCUUGUUACGACAAGAAGUUCCUCACCUUAUCGACUUCCAUUGCCUUCCGCAUCGUCUCGAACUAGCCUUACUGAAAAUGCAGAGAAGUUGCAAGCUUGUUGAAACCAUCUAUGAAGUUUUUCAACUAAUAUGGAAGACUUACCACUAUAGUCCCAAGAGUACGCAUGAGCUGCAGGCCGUGGGAACCAAGCUUGGCAUGAAUGUUCUAAAGCCCACUCAAGUUAGUGGAACAAGGUGGCUUCCCCAUAUCAGUCGAGCCCUGAAAGUAAUGAUUGAACCAGGGAAAGAGGGAUCUGGCCAAUACGCUGCAGUGCUGUCGCACAUGGACCACCUUAGUGCAGCGUCAAAGAAUACAGAUGUCAAAGGGCGGGCCAAAUAUGUUGCCAAGAAAAUGAGGAGCAUUCAGUUUUCUGCUUUCUGUCACUUUUUGGCAGACAUGUUCGAGAUCAUAGCUAAGUUAAGUCUGAAGGUGCAACACAAUGAUCUCAUCCUUCCGGUGGCAGUGUCGCUUCUUCAUGAAACAGUGGCCAACAUUGAAGCCUUGAAGAUCCGUCCCGUACCAAAUGGACAUUUGGCACGGUUUAUGAAUAUGCUUCAGCAUUCUGGAGUCAAGGAUGAGCUUCGAUUUCAAGGCAUUACACUGAGAGGGUCGCUCGAUGGCAAACCAAAGAGAGGAGAUGUACGCACUGGCAGCUUUCAGUCAAGAGUGAACGAAGCCAUUGGGUUGUGCCUGACUGGGCUUGAAGAGAGGUUUGGUUCGCUGAUGAAUUCAGCCUCCAACUCGGAAUCCACCACAAAGUAUGGGACAGCGGAUGUCAUCAACGAUCUCCUUGUCUUCAAUGUUGAUGCUUGGCCAAAAAGCACAAAGGAACUGGUCGAUUUUGGCAACGAGAAAAUUGAACGCCUUGUCGACUGGUUUCAACCAUUACAGCAGAAGGCUGGAUGUGAUGUUUCUUCCAUUCCCGAAGAGUGGUUCUCUCUUAAGGUUCUCGUCAAUACUAGCUUUAGAGACAAGGACUAUGCCAGUUUGUGGGAGACCCUUCUCAUCAAGACGCCCUACAAGGAUGACUUCAAAAAUGUUCUCCAUCGUGUGGAAAUCCUCCUUGUUCAGCCAAUUUCUGCUGCGCAGUGUGAAAGGGCAAUUUCAGCCCAAAACCAAAUCAAGAGCAGCGUACGAGUUAACCUCACCGUGUCUACGUUGGAAGAGUUGAUUCGCAUUUCAGCAGAGGGGCCUCCAGCAGCCGAAUUUGACCCCACACCUAGCGUCAAUAAAUGGUUGGCAAGGAACAGGGAUACAGGCAAAAGGCUGAGGAGGCCACAUUUCCAGAGGUCUUCACUGAAGUGA